AUGGCGAAAUCAAGAAACAUACCUCGUUUCUGUUUCUAUGGAUCUAUUACUGGUAUUCUUAUUUGUCUCUAUUGGUUAUGGUCCAACCCGAAUCAGAAUUACUCACAAAAACCCAACCCGAUUCUCUUUUCCGACGGCGUAACCUCUUGCGGGUCACCCACCGGCGUCAAUACGGUGGACCGACUUAACAACCCGGAUAACUACACAUUCUACGACGAUCCAACCGUCAAUUACUCAAUCGGACAGCCUUUAACAAGUUGGGAUGAGAGGCGGCGAGAAUGGUUGAAUCUCCACCCUUCGUUUAAAACAGGAGUAUCGGAUCGGGUAUUGAUUUUAACCGGGUCGCAACCGAAACCGUGUAAGAACCCGAUUGGAGAUCAUCUUCAAUUGAGGCUUUUUAAGAAUAAAGUGGAUUAUUGUAGGAUACAUGGGUAUGAUAUAUAUUAUAGUAAUACGUUUCUUCAUAGUGAAAUGAGGUCGUAUUGGACGAAGAUGCCUGUUGUUCGGGCGGCGAUGUUGGCCCACCCGGAAACUGAAUGGUUUUUGUGGAUUGAUUCGGAUGCUAUUUUUACGGAUAUGGAUUUUAAAGCACCGUUGACCCGGUAUAAAGAUUAUAAUAUGGUUAUUCAUGGUUGGCCCGAUGCUGUUUUUGGGAAGAAGAGUUGGGUUGGUGCUAAUGCGGGUGUUUUUCUCAUGAGGAAUUGUCAAUGGUCCUUGGAUUUCAUGGAGGUUUGGGCAGAAAUGGGUCCACAAAGUCCAGAUUAUGAAAAAUGGGGCGAGAUUCAAAGAUCAACAUUCCCCGACAAAGAAUACCCAAAAUCCGACGAUCAAUCAGGUUUAAUAUAUUUAAUAAUAAAAGAGAAAGAAACAUGGGGAAAAAAGAUAUAUCUAGAAAACGAAUACGAAUUAUCCGGUUACUGGUUAAACCUAGUCGGAAAAUUCCUAAACAUUAGCAACAUAUACGAAGACAUGGAGAAAUCUGUACGCAGAUUAAGACGCCGUCACGCCGAAGUUAACACAGAACAUUACGCCGUCGUCAGGGAAAAAUAUCUCGCCGGAGAUAGACGGCCGUUCAUCACUCAUUUCACAGGUUGCCAACAAUGUAACGGCGAUCAUAAUCCAAUUUACGUCGGAGAUUCUUGCUGGGAUGGGAUGGAAAUUGCUCUGAAUUUCGCUGAUAAUCAGGUGCUUCGCCCUUAUGGUUUCGUUCACCCGGAUUUACGUAAUGGAUCUUACGUUAGACCCGUUUCGUUUGAUUACCCGGCUUGA